UUUUUCUAUUCAAAUAUAGACUGAAUUCAGUUCUGUCUUAGCCAUGUUCCCCUACACACUACUCGCGAGUGCCGCAUUGAUAUCGGGCCUAAUCAUAGGCCUCGCUCAGGGCCGCCAUCCCUUCAGCUUCUUCGAUGUGGGACUGCAGGACUUUGACGAUUGCCUGAGGAGCAACAACCUCACCUACGAGGAGUACGAAACGUUCGAGAGCUUCGAGAAUCUUGAGAGUCUGCUGCAUGAGGCUCAAGUGGCGCUGAAGUACAAGUGCAACAUUCGCUGUCAACUGUUGAGGCAGCCAGCCAAUGCCCAGUGGCUCGAUGCGGGGGGGCGCAUGGAUCUGCAGCUGAUGAAUGCCACCGGAGUGACGGCGGCUAUGAUUAGCCGCUGCAUGGAGGAUGCGUCGCCACCUGAUGACGAACCCUGUGCGUAUGCCUUCCAUCUGGUGAUGUGUGCCCACAAGGCAGAUCAUCCCAUCAUCGAUUAUGAUGCGGCAGCGGAGGAGCAAGAGUUGUAUGUGGAUUAUGUGGUGGAUGGCGACGACUACGGUUUGGCAACCACUGAGGAGAGUGCCGAAUAAACGGGCGCAGAAAAGUGGGCAGUAAUUAAUAAGCGUCGGGGUUGGGGGGGUGGCCGUCUGAUUUGCAUAAUUAAAUGGAAUUGCAGGGUGCGCCCCCUGAAUCAAAU